GAUCAACAUGGAUACAGGAGGGGAAGGAGACAAACGUGAUGUAAGGCGUCCGAUGAAUGCAUUCCUGAUAUUCUGUAAGCGUCAUCGCAGUAUUGUACGUGAGAAAAACCCUGAUCUUGAUAACCGUAGUGUCACACGUAUACUAGGUGAUCUAUGGGCUAAUCUGAAAGAAGAUGAGAAAGUUGUAUAUACAGACCUGGCUAAACAGUAUAAAGAUGCUUUUAUGAAAGCCAACCCUGAUUAUAAAUGGCACAACCCAGAGAAGACACUUGGCUGCCAGAAGACUGCUCUGGCUCUGUCUAAACCUACUAAUGCUAAGGUGAUGAGGACAGAUAUGAACCUAUUACCAGAGGGCUCCAUUACACCUGGAAAACUAGCUGAUCCAAACAACAUGGGAGGAUUGAGCUUGCUUCUGAUGGCAGGAGAGCAGUCGGGUCCAGUACCUGUACCAGUACCUAUGAGGUCACUGUCAAUGUUGUCUGCUACAGAGUCAUCCUCAACUCUGUCAUCUACAACUUUACAGUCUGUUUCAUCGCCAUUGGCAACAUUGUCAUCUACAAAUUUGUCUUCCGCAUUUCUGUCUUCUAUGACAACGCCAUUUUCCACAUUGUCGUCUGCAGCAUUUCCAAGUUCUGUAUCUUCUAAAUCUGGCACUGAGCCAAACAAUUUUAACACUGGAACUCUGAGUCAAGGUCAAGGACAGGCACUCAAUAUGGUUGAAGAAAAUAAAAAGGAAAAUAACCAGGUUGUGGCAGACAGCGGUUUGCGUCUACAAGGUGUCAUGAAAGUUGAAGAAACAGCUAUGUCUGGAAUGCAGUUAAAAAAUCCAGGUGUUGAAAAAUCUUGGGAAAACUACCUCCCUGGGAAAAAUGGUUGUUUGGAUGUUCUUGUGAAAGCAGUAGGUGAUGCAGACUCUCGACCAAUGAAAUCCUGGGAAACAUUUCAGUCCAAACCUCUACUGUACCAAGCCGUAGCUGCCCCAAAAAUUCCACAGAGGAGUUUGCUUGCUGAGGCAUUCAAGGGAGGCUAUUCAGAAAUUCUCAGAGAUAACUCUGCUAGCACAAAAAUGGCAAACUUUGAAAAUCAGGGGAAAUUAUUUGAGGAUGAAAUAAAUAAAGAAAUAAUGGAACAAAAACUGGCCAAUAAAACUGAUGGAAAAGAGAAUUUAACUCAGACUUUACCUAAUCAAAUUAAAAACGAUGAGGAGAUUAAAGAUGAUCAGAAAAGUGAUAAUGAUGUUGUAGAAGAAGAGUCUGCCAUGGUUACAUGUGGAAAGUUGGUUGUCAACCACAUCAUUGACAAGCUGUAUUCAUCUGAGUUAGGGACCGGUGCAAGAAAGGUCAACGGUAAAUCUGAUGAAAUUGAUGGUGAAAGGAAAACAGAUGAUAAUGGUGAUUAUGAAAAGAAAACAGACAUUAAGACUGAGGGUGAUGAAGAAAAAGGCAAAAAUGUGAUGGAAAAUUGUUUUGAUGACGCUAAAUUCUGUGCUAAAGGAAGCAUGGAGGCUACUGGUGGUGCAGCUAAAAAUUUUAAUACUGGGUUUAAUGGUGAUAACGAAAAGACUAGGUUAGAAUAUACCAACUUAAAAACAUAUGAGAAAUUAAGUGACGAGACUGUUAAAGAUAUUAAACAUGAAACAGUGACGGAGUCAGGUACGGGUCAGAGUCAGGCUGUGUCUGUUACAGACUCGGUAGAAUACGAGAGUGAGGAAACUGAUGAAUUUCAGCCGGUGAGAAAAUCUCGACGAAGAAAUCGGGGUCAGAGAUAUCAAGAGUUAAUUAAUGAGGGGAUCAUUCAGAGGUCAAAAGAACGUGCUGCAGCAUUACAGCAAACUACACCAAAAGAAGAAAGCACUGAGGAAGAUAUUCAGCCUCUGGAGCCGUUAAAUUCUUACAUCCUGCCAGAGACGGCUAUACGUCGUAUCCGGAAAAGAACAACGUCAGAAUCAGCGAAAGAUAAGAUGUUACAUCCAGAUGAUGUUAAACGAUAUAAAACUGGUGACUUUGACCUUGAAGCACAGAUAGCUACAUUACCAGCUUGCUCCAUUGAAAAUAUGGGCCGGAAAAGAGGUUUUCCACGACAACGACACAGUAGUGAAUGUAUUCAUACACGGAGGAAAAUAACAGAUUGUGAAACUUCACUGCAUCCGACCCCAGCAUUUGAUCUCCAGAAGGCUGUAUCCCUGCCUCCUCACAUAAAGAUACCAUCCCCUGAGAAUAACAAGGAACCAGUCAUUGGUAGUCGUAAAAGGAAAGCCAGAAAACACAGCAUUACACAUAUGAUACCUGCACCCCCUACCCUGGUGAAAAAUGGCAUAGUUAAAACAGACACUGACAGUUUGGGCCCAUGUGUGAUAAAACCAUCAGUUCUUGUAUCAAAAGAUGAAACAGACUCUUUUGGGAAGGACAAAUCCGUUCAUUUUGUGAAAACAGACUAUAGGGACCAGAAUCUUGGUGCACCAGUGAACAGCAGGUCCAGAAGCAAUUCUGACAUCUCAGAGAAGUUUUCUGAUUGGUCCAAAUGUGAGAUGAUUAGAAAUAGAAUGUUACAGAAUAAAAAUGAAAGAAGUCUUUCAGUGUCUGAUGUUGUGAAUGAUAAAACAAACACAGAACAUAGUGUGAGUGUGAAAGAAAACAAAAAUGAGACUGGUUCAGUUUUGUGUGCAUCCAGGGAUGUGUGUUUGCCUCAGAAAACAGUGACACAGUCAGAAGAAUCAUUCAAGAACAAUUCAGUUGGUGCUGAGAUGGUUAAAAGUGUUCUAGAUGUUGGACAGCAAGAUAAACUAAAGUGUGAAAUAUCGACAAGUGAUACUGAAAAUACUAAUACAAAAACAGAAAAACUUAUUGGAAAAGAAUGUGUCGUAGAAGUUCAGUCUGGAACCGCAAAAUCAAAACAAUCGGGGCAUUUUCAUGGUGGUUCCAGUCUGUCCUUCAAAGAAAAAACUCCAGUCCAGAAACAAAUUGGUGUUGACAAUUUAACAGAAGUAGGGAAAGAUGUGAAUAGUAAUACCACAAUGAACUCUUAAAAUCUCACUUGAUCAUGUUUGGAGACAUUAUUCUAUAAGAUCUGUAGAUAGAAUAAGUAAAUUUUACUGUAAAAAGUUAUUAGAUUUUUGGCAUUUAAAAAAAAGUCCAUAAACUUUUUUUUUUUUUUUAAAUCCAUAAACUGCCCCUUUGGAAAUAGUUCUUCAUUGAUCUGACUUUUGACUUAGCAGCUUAAAGCUGCAUGCCUCCAGAUAAGCCGAAAUAUUUCAAAAUCAAACCAAAAAAAUUUAGGAACAGUAAAAAAAUUCAAGGCUUAAGUAAUAAUUUACAUGUUAUGUGUGAUUAAAUGAUUGGUUUUUUGAGUAUUUAUAACCACAUUUUUACUGUGUUACGAAGGCAGUUAAGGCUAUUUUUGAAUAUAUUUACCACAUUCUGGUAAUUUAUGUGGGUUAUGAGUGCUAUUUGUAAUAAGUGAAUUGCUUUCUUUUGGUUACGUCACAAUGUUUUACUGUAAAAUACAUUUUCAAAAUUUUAGUGAAAAUUGGCAUGCAUCUGGAGGCGUGCUACUUUAACUUGGAGAAUUUUUGUGUGUCAACCUUUAAUUGAGUCGGCUGAUUUUGAUAAGAUAUUUUAUUGAUUUGUUUAUAGGUUCUAGUUGAACUUAUUGGGAAGGUGUUUGUUAUGUAUUCACCAUUCCAAAAUCUGCCCAGACACACAUUCUAGAAAGAUUAUGAGCUUUCUAUUUAUCAAGUGACACAUUUUCAAAUGUUUGUCAAUAAAAUUAAUUUAUGAUAAAGUUAUAAUUAUUUGAAUUAUCUAGUGAAUGUUUUUUUUGUUUGCUAAAUGUAAUUUUCUUUUUAGUUUUCUAAUAAUUAAAAUAAGAUUUAUUUUUAAUUUUUCCUUUUAAUUAAAACAUUUAUAUUUAAUAUAAUUUAACUUUAUUAUUAAACUUUUUUUCAAUAAAUGAAGGUAAUUAAUGAACAGUUUUUAUUAAUUGAAACUUUAUAUGUUAUUAGUUUUCAAUUAAUUGACAAGUUUUCUAUGAACUGAAAAUACGAGGUUAAUGAUUUUGCACUUAUAAUUUUGCAUGUUUUAACUUUUGUAACACACUAAAAUUUAAGAAACAUUCAUGAAAUAUUGGCACAACUGAUAGCGAAUAUCAGACACUUUGUUAUAUAUGAUUUUUUAUGGUCACAGGUAAAUGUCACUCUAUAUUUAGCUAUUUAGAGUACCUACUUGUUAAUUUGUUCCUGUGUAAAAUAAGCAAUCUUUUACAGAUGAAUUGUGAAUUUUUCUUGACUGUUAAUGCCAGUUGCCAUUUGAACAAGCA